GCAUGCAAUUGGAUUUAAUUUAUGGAUUCGGAAACUAGCACCGAUUCGGCAAAAUGCUGCCAGUGCUGGAACUGCAUCUGCGGCUGCGAUUGCUCUGUGGCGGCGACACUUCAAUCUUCGCGAAGCACGAAACGGAGGUAUGAUUCUCGACCUGCAUCGCCGGAAUCAGUCGCCAAGGUUGAAACAUUGGACGAAUGCAGCGCACUGCGGGAGGCUCUUAGCCGGCAGCAGCAGGCGGUGAAAGAUUUGGCGGCUGAAUUGGAGGAGGAGAGGAACGCGGCGUCGUCGGCGGCGAACGAGGCAAUGUCGAUGAUACUGAGACUGCAGAAGGAGAAGGCGGAGGUUCAGAUGGAGGCGAGGCAGUUCAAGCGCAUCGUGGAGGAGAGAAGCUCUCAUGAUCAGAAAGAAUUGUUGGAAUUGGAGGAUUUGUUGUACAAAAGGGAACAAACAAUUCAAUCUCUGAAUUGUGAGGUUCAGGCUUAUAAGCACAGGUUAAUGAGUUUUGGCCUCACAGAAUCUGAGGCAGAUUGUGAAGAAUUCCAGGUUGCCUCUUUUGAUUAUCCUCAAUUGAAAUGCAAUAUACUGAAUUCCACUGCCAAUGCUGAUAACAAUGAUGCUGAUGUUGAGAAGUAUAUAUUUGGGGAAACUCCUAGAGAUCGUUUGAGGAAUUUGGAGAAUAGGAUCUCUCAGAUGGAGAGGAGUCCCACCUAUAGCCAGAUGGAAGGGGAUUUUACAGGCAAGAAUUUCCUAGAGAAGGUGGUAGUUGGACAGUCGCCGCGACGAUCCAGACGGAAGUAUUCGUUUGAUUCGAAUUCAUUUGGCCCCGAGCUUCUGAUGGAUUCUCCAAAGAUCACUGGUGGUAGCUUUAGCAAGAUAGAGGAAGAGCCAUAUUCCAAUUUGAAGAAGGUAGAGAAUAAUGCAUCAGAAGCAGGUGAUGAAAUAUAUGACAAGGUUUACACAGUUGACUCUGGUUACAAUUGUUUCAAUGAGUUUAAAGGUGCUCUUUAUGAUGAUUUUCCUGUAACCACUCCAAGAGAUUUUGGGAAUAACAUUCAUGGUGAUUUUGAAGAUCCUUACAUUAAGAAACUUUACAUGAGGCUUCAGGCACUUGAGGCUGACAGGGAAUCAAUGAGGCAAGCAAUCAUUUCAAUGCGCACUGAUAAAGCACAGCUUGUGCUGCUGAAGGAGAUAGCUCAACAGCUGUGCAAGGAAAUGUCACCACAGAGAAAAAGGACAGCAAGAAAGUCAGCUAUGGCUCCAUUUUCCUCGGUUUUUAAGUGGGUCGUAUCAAUUGUUUUCUGGAGGAAGAAAUCUCAUGAGAUCAGGUAUAUAUUCGGGGUACCAUCUGAAAGUGUUGGAUUGCUAAUGCUAAUUAACAAGGAACCACGUGUAAAGUCAUGGCGAUAUAUUGCAAGAACACAAUUGGAAGAUUAAUACUCCAAUUCCAGUUGGAUUCUUACAGGGUAGCCUCACCGUGGGAUCACCAACUCAACCUUAAUCACACUGUAUAAAAACUUCUUUUUUUUUUUUUCUUUCUUUCUUUUUUUUCUCUCCCCAUAGUUUUUCCCCAUUUUUUUUCCCUUUUGCCAAAGAAAUUCAAUUUAAUUUGUUGAUUGAUCGGUGAAAGUUGGUCAUGAU